AUGUAUCGCUAUUCACCUACUAAUAAUAACAAUCUUAUGAAAGCGGCUUCAUCAUUACUAAUGGGAAAUUCUAAUAAUCAUUCUCAUGAAACAGCAUUUGAUCCACUUAAUUAUGAAUUUGAUGCUGAAACAAUGGUUGAACCAUUUACUUAUUUUCAUAAUGGUCCGACUGAAUCUCGUCGAAAAACACAUGAAUUUAAUUCACCAACAUUAUCUCAUUUUUCAUGGUUAUCAACACAUACAAGUAGUCUUAUAUCAUCACCUGAUGAAAGUCCACAAAGUUAUUUUUCACCAGUAAUGAAUGAACAAUACAAUGGUGUAAUUCAAUUAAAAAGUCAACAAAAUAUGCCUCAACAACAACAACAAUCAUCAUAUCCAAAAACAAUUUGUAGACAUUGUAAAAGUCAUAAUAUGCCUGAAUGUCUUUAUACAUCUCAUACAAUGUAUGAUGAAAGUGGAGCAAUAUUUUGUCCAGUAUUAAAAAAAUGCCAUUGUGCUACUUGUAUGCGUGUUACAAAUCCAAAUAUAAUACGUGAUGAUGAUUCUGAUGAUGAUAAUAGCAUACGUUCACCUGCUAUUUCAAAUGAAUUUAAUCAUUUAUAUGGUAUUUAUUCACAACAAAACUCUUAUCGUAUGAAUAGCAACAACAAUUUCUGAUGAAUUUUCAAGUUAUAUGUAUAUAUAAUUCAAAAAAAACUCUGUGUUUGUUGCUAACUUUCGUUUUUCUUGCAUUAAAAUAUGUGUGUGUGUGUGUGUGUUUUCAACUCACUUUGCGCAUUCGUUUGUAAUACUAAUGUACAGGCAGUAUGAUGCAUGUGAGCUUUAGUUUGCUUGUUUAUUUGUUUGUUCAUUUUCUUCUUCUUUUCUUUUUAGUAAAAAAUACUAUAUGAAAUUAGAAAUGCUUGAUUUUCUA